GUCGGUCACACCUCGUGCUCUUGCUACUGACUUAGCAAGACCAAUUUACUCCUAGCGUCCACGCACAGCUCCAAAUGUCUUGUCCAUUCUCGCCGAAGCAGCCCGGCUUUGGUCAUUUUCGUGAGCCCACGACAUGCAGCAGCGUCACGAAGAUUAUAGAGAGGAACUCAGGCGCCGUGAUCGUUGUUGGGGGCGCUGCCGCCUGCGUGGCUGCGGGCUGGAAGGUCCGCGGGUAUCUGGCGGACCGGCAACUGUCCCAGCUACAGCAGCGCGCUGACGUGGAGAUACAGGCUGUCAAGCAGCGCGGUGACUUGGAGAUACAGGCUGUCAAGCAGCGCGCGGAUGUGGAGAUACAGGCUGUCAAGCAGCGCGCGGAGCAGGCGAAGGGCCUCUUGGACCUCGUGCUUCACGGGGACUACGACAAGUACCGCGCCACGGUUGCGAAGGACUUCGAAGCCAAGAAGCGGAAAUGAAAGGCCUACUUCGACGUGGACAUCGGCGCCAAGUCGGCCGGCCGCCUCGUGAUCGGGCUGUACGACAACGGCGUGCCGCAGGCCGUGCAGAACCCGGCGGCAACUUCACUGGCACUGCCACCGGCACACAAGCACCGGCGGCAAGUCCAUCUACGGCGCCCGCUUCAAUGACAAGAACUUAAAGCGCAAGCACACCGGCUUCAUACAUUCCCCACCGGCUGCGGCGACCGCCCCGUGAUGAUGGGCCCCUCACCAUCGCGGCCUGUAGCAAGCUGGGGAGCAGCAGCUGGCCCUAGUAUAUAUGGGUAGUUAAAUGAUGUUUGUUGCAAAUGAGUUGUGGGGUCGAUAAGCGACGAGCGCUUGGCAUGAGUAUGGAAACGCAGUGGAAGGGAAGCGCUGUCGUUGUCGUAUAGGCGUGUACGGAUUCAUGGCAGUGGGUGCGCAUGUGUGCGUGUUGGCGAUGUGUUUGAGGAUGCGACGUGUGCCUGAUGAGUGAUGACAUGGGGGACACCCCAACCGAACCCUGCUUGGACAUGGGCGUGCCGUACGGCGUAAGAAGCGGAAUUAUGUAUGUGUGAGGCAUUAUACGAUGAUUCGACGACGGGGUCAGCGCCUCAGCAGCUUUUUGGGCUGAGCCCCCCCAGCGAAGCGUUCCAGGGGGGGGGGCGAAGCCCCCCAGGAACAUAGCGUCGGCAAAACAUAGCAUACUGGCGCAAACCGCGACUGCUACGUAUUAGUAUUUGUUAAUGCCUAUUGCAUGUAAAUAGGUGGCAGGGAAAAUUCGGGCGGCGCGAGAAGUGCCUUCGCGGUCCAUGGACAAUUGACUUUCGCGAGGUCGCGAGGAAAGCAUCCGGUGCCCGCUGAUAUGCAGUCUCUAAGGCAAAAUAUGUUGGCGGCAAGCAAAGCGGGGAAGUAUAUCGAAAGUUCUGAG